AUGAGUUUUUGGACGAGCUCCGCUACUGCUUAUCUCCUUCUCUGUGUUGAUGAUAUUAUCCUCACUUGCUCAUCUGAUGAUCUCAAGACAUGUGUCAUUAUUCUUCUUAGUUAUGAGUUUGUGAUGAAGGAUCUUAGUCCACUAUCCUAUUUCCUUGGUAUUUUUGUCUUUCGUACCAAGGAUAGCAUGUUUCUAUGUCAGCGCAUAUAUGCUAUGGAGAUUCUUGCUCAUGCCGAAAUAUCUUCUUUUAAGUCUGCUGCUACUCCAGUUGAUACUAAGUCUAAGCUCAAUGCUUCUACUGGGAAACCCCUUGCUGAUCAUACUCUUUAUCAUUUUACCUUCACUCGCCCGGAUAUUUCUUAUGUCGUUCAGCAGCAUCAACGCACUAAGCAUGUGGAGAUGGACAUCCACUUUGUACUAGAGAAGGUGGCUCUUGGUCAUAUUCGUGUUCUUCAUGUACCUUCUUCUUCUCAGUUUGUCGAUAUCUUCCCCAUCGGUCUUCACUAA